CCACGAACGGUUAGGUCACACUCAAAAAUAUAUACAAAAUUUAAAUAGGAGCAUUUACAUUUUAGCAUACGUUCAGCAACACAUAAUUAAAUGGCGAAUAUAUUGUCAUUUAUUUAUCUCCCGCUUCUAGUGGCAUUUCUUUUCGAUUCCGCAAGCUCAAUUAAUUGUGACAAAAAAAGAGACAAUGUGCAAUAUACCAUCAAACAACAUUUGUUCUGCAACGGAUAUGAUCCAAAGAUACGACCGGCUAAAAGUGAAUUUGACUCAAUUAAUAUAACUACGUAUGCGUUUUUUCAUGGUUUUGAUAUUAGUGAAUACAGAAGCAUCAUGAGUUUCCAAAUAAUUUAUUACAUGCUUUGGUCAGAUACCUCCCUAGCCUGGAAUGCAUCGGACUGGUCCAACAUUACUACACUGAAUACCAACUUCGAUGAAAUUUGGACCCCUCAGUUUGAAAACAUUAACUCAGAUUAUGAAGGACAACCAUCUGUAUCCUGUUUGAACCCGGACUGUUUGCUACACGAAGAUGGAGGUAUUUCUUGUUCGCCAGUGUGCAGAAUCUCUGCUAAAUGCUCGUCCGACUACUCACGCUGGCCGUUCAACACACUAGUUUGUCGAAUGUGGUUCACAAAUCGAGAUAAAGAACUCGUAGAUGAAGUUAACUUUUUAUCUAUCAUAACAUACUUGCAGUCAGCUCGUCAAUCUCCUAUAGCUAAGUGGUGUGUUACAAGUGUUUCAUCCAAUAAAACACAGUUAAGCAUUCCUGGAGCAACUAGCCGCACAGUUGAGGAGUUGGAAUUCAACUUGGAACACAGUCCUCACCUCACAAUUGCAAUAAUCUAUCUUCCUGCUUUUGUUCUCAGCAUGUUGAAUAUUUUUGUCUGUCUGUUGGAUUCCCGCGUCAAAGAGAAGAUUGUCAUCCCCAUAAUUUGUAUGAUAUUUCAUUUCCAACUACUCCAACAAAUGAGUAACCCUACCCCUGAAAUUCCUGGAGUAGUAUUGUUUAUUAUUGCUUCGAUGAUACUGACGUUCCUGUUAUUUGUGAUCACGUUGAUCAACCGCUGGUUGCACGAUCUGCAAUCAACUCCGCCAAACAUUGUCAUACGAUCGAUGAGAGCUAUCUUAUCCAGCCGUCUGAUGAAUUGGAUUCUUAAAGUAGACUAUCUAACUGUCGGGCAAAAGACAUGUACUAUUAUUAACAACGAUGAAAGACUGACCUUGGACUGGGUAAUGUUUGUGAAACUAGUUGAUCGUUUUAUUUUAGCUGCGUAUGUUAUAAUUUAUCUACUACUUUUCUGGAUAUACAUUCCAUUACAACACACUCACAAUCGAUAUGCUGAGUCUGGUGGGAGAGUGUGCGCUAAUUGAAUCAUUGUUGAUAAUAAAUAAAGUACAACAAUAAACGCUGUACUUUAAAAAGAUGAAA